CAAAGACAGACAUUGAAACGGUAAACACAUCAUGCAAAUCCGCUUGAGGCAGCUGCGCAGCUGUGACGGCGGCGUCAGCUGAAGCCAGCGUCUCGGUCUCAAGGUGAACCAGCAGCUGAGAGAACGAGAACCAGAACGAGAACGAGAACGAGACGAGAGAGCGAAAGCGAAACGGUAAAAGAGCGAGAGCGAGAGCAGAGAGCGAGCGACGCAAGCUUUGCAGCGAACGAAGCCCUGCCGUGCCGUGGAAGUGCAGCUGCAUUCGUGUUCCAGCUGCAGACGAGAGUGGAGACGCCGACACGAACGAGUCGCGAGACGAUCGCGAGCGGAGAUCGAAGUGCAACAAAGAACGAGAGCAGGCAGCAGUACCGUUUGUUGAACUCUCGCUUGAACCUCAACGCAAAAGUGAUCCCAAAACAAAAAAGAGUUAGAACAACCAGACAAAAAGGGCUGUUCAAAUGACUGCUUGAUUGAUUUGCCAGCAGCAAACCCCUCCCAGCCCAUAGCCCCCGAUCCGACCCGCCCCGCCCCGCCCGUCCGUCCUCCGCUCAGGUGCAUCAUGUGCAGUGGGAAAUUCUUUCGCAUGCCCACCCUUGCCAUCUGCGGCGUUGUGCUGACCAUCAUUUUGGUCUGCAUCACGGGCAUCACCCUGACGAACAGCAUCAACAUUUCGAACAUUGUGAAGCUGCGCGAGAAGGUGGCCAGCGAUUCGGCGGCCGCCAAUGGGGGCCAUCAGGCGGCCCAGACCCGGGCGGCACUGGUCGAGCAGCAGUACUCGACGCUGCAGCAGCAUCAACUAUCGCAAAGCGAUCUCAACUACAUAUCGGCAUCCACGCAUCCAAAGAAUCUGCAGCGACCAUUGCAACAGCAGCUGCCACAGCAGCAGCAGCAGCAGCAGAAGGCCAAUAAAAUUGUGAUUGAAAUCGGGUUAAGGAGCGCCAAUGACAGUGCCAGUGGCAAAGCAGCCAGUGGGAGUGCCAGUGGCAGUGGCAGCGGCAGCGGCAGUGCAUCUGGUAGUGGAAACAUGCCACUGGGCAUGCCGCAUAUGCUGGAGGCAGCCGAGGCCCUGAUGGAGGGCAAUGUCGAUUCCAUAUCAUUGCCGGCAGCAGUGCCACUUGUGGCGGCAGCGCCGCCAUUUGAAAAGAGCACCAAUGGAAAUGGAAAUAAAAGAAGCACUGGAAACAGUCCUAGAAGCAGUCCCACAGAGCAAAGCAAUGAAUGGAGGAGCACUGGAGGAGGAGGCGUCAAUGGAAAUGACACUGGCAAUCCCAGAGGCGGCAACAUCGUGAUGGAUAUCCGGGAUCACAAUCCAGGGGGCAUACAGUUCGAGCGACGCGCCCACGUCAAGCAGAUGAUGGAGCAUGCCUGGCACAACUACAAGCUGUAUGCGUGGGGCAAGAACGAGCUGCGUCCGCUGUCACAGCGGCCGCAUUCGGGCAGCAUAUUCGGCUCGUACGAUCUGGGAGCGACAAUCGUCGAUGGCCUGGAUACGCUGUAUAUUAUGGGGCUGGAGAACGAGUACCGGGAGGGGCGUGACUGGAUCGAGCGCAAGUUCUCGCUGGACAACAUCAGUGCUGAGCUGAGCGUGUUCGAGACGAACAUCCGGUUCGUGGGCGGCAUGCUGACCCUGUACGCCUUCACCGGGGAUCCGCUGUACAAGGAGAAGGCACAGCAUGUGGCCGACAAGCUGCUGCCCGCCUUCCAGACGCCCACGGGCAUACCCUAUGCCCUGGUCAACACCAAGUCGGGCAUGGCCAAGAACUAUGGCUGGGCAUCGGGCGGCAGCUCGAUCCUAUCGGAGUUCGGUACCCUCCAUCUGGAGUUUGCCUAUCUGAGCGACAUCACCGGCAAUCCGUUGUACCGCGAACGGGUCCAGACCAUCCGGCAGGUGCUCAAGGAAAUCGAGAAGCCAAAGGGGCUGUAUCCCAACUUCCUCAAUCCGAAGACAGGCAAAUGGGGACAACUUCACAUGUCGCUGGGCGCGUUGGGGGACAGCUACUACGAGUACUUGCUGAAGGCCUGGCUCCAGUCGGGACAGACGGACGAGGAGGCGCGCGAGAUGUACGACGAGGCAAUGGUGGCCAUCAUGGACAAGAUGGUGCGCACCAGUCCCAACGGACUGACGUAUGUGUCCGAUCUCAAGUUUGAUCGCUUGGAGCAUAAGAUGGACCAUUUGGCCUGCUUCUCGGGCGGCCUGUUUGCCCUGGGGGCUGCCACGCGCCAGAACGAGCACAGGGACAAGUACAUGGAGGUGGGCAAGGGCAUCACAAACACUUGCCACGAGAGCUAUAUUCGAGCGCCCACACAACUGGGACCCGAGGCAUUCCGCUUUAGCGAUGCUGUGGAGGCCCGGGCACUUCGGUCCCAGGAGAAGUACUAUAUACUGCGUCCGGAGACCUUUGAGAGCUACUUUGUGCUGUGGCGGCUCACGCACGACCAGAAGUAUCGCGACUGGGGCUGGGAGGCGGUGCUGGCCCUGGAGAAGCACUGCCGCACGCCCCAUGGCUAUUGCGGCCUGCGUAAUGUCUACCAGCCGGAGCCCCAGAAGGAUGAUGUGCAGCAGAGCUUCUUCCUGGCCGAAACACUAAAGUAUCUGUACUUGCUGUUCUCGGAUGACUCGGUACUGCCGCUGGACGAAUGGGUGUUCAACACGGAGGCGCAUCCGCUGCCCAUCAAGGGGGCCAACCAGUACUACCGGCAGGCGCCCGUCACGCUGCCCGUCUCCAAUGCCUCAUAAGAGGCCCGACACUACUGGCAGCUGCUUCUCUUGUCUAUAGCAAUGCACUUUACUUAGCUCUUUAUAUACACUAUAUAUGUACGUAGUAUAUACUAGGUAUAUAAAUCACUCCUUUUUUUUUUGUUUUUUGUUUAAGUUUUAAGCUAGUUUACAACGUAAUGACAACCACAAUUACAUAGGGCAAAACAAAAGAAAGGAAACGAAAAUGAAAAUGUUAUCUCUAGCAGGCACAUGGGCAAACCACACACAAAAAACAAACGAGAAACUUUCAAUGUAACAUAUUUAUCAAGCUAACUUAUUGUAUCCGCGUCUUGUGCGGAGGGAUAUACAUGUAUCGUAGUUAAUUGUAGCUGUCUUCAGACACAAUUUGACAGGGGGCCUCAAACCCCAAGACCCCAAAACUUUCCAUCUCAAGACGAAGCUGAUGAAUGAUGAAUGAUAAACGAUGAUGUAGACGUAAACAAAAACUACACUUGAUAUUACAAAUUGAUAUCUAAGACGAUAUAUGUAUGAUAUACAUAUAUGAGAUAUAUAUAUAUAUAUGUAAAUGUUAAACUCAGGUGUUCUAAUUAUUCUAAUUUUCCUUGCGUACUCAAGGCUCUUUCUCUCCAAGCAACCAACUAACUAGAACUAGAACUAGACAGACUAGUGAAAGUAAUCUAUCGUAUCUAACUCUCAAUCAUUCUACACGCAAUUUUCGAUCUAUGACUAUAUCUUUUCGAAUGCUAAUGUAACAUACGAGUGCAGGCAUUUCUUGGAUGAAAACUCUUGCUCUAAUUUCCAAACUUUGUUUUGUAAAUAUUUCACUUUCACUCGCAAAAUGAAGGGCAUCUCCGGAUGAAAAUAAAAAUGGAGCAUAAAAAAAUCUAAUUGAUAUUUAUAUGUGUAAAAAUAUAAAUAUAAAUCUAAAUCUAAAUAUAUUUUAACAUAUAUUUAAUACCUAGUGUUUAUUUUUUAGCCUAAAUAUUUACGGAAUAUGUUUAGAAAUAAGAUAUAGAAACUAGCUUACUUUAUGAGGGCAACAAUUUAACGCAAAAUACCUUAAAUCCAGAACAUCAAACGAAUAGAGUCGUAAAUUAAAUAUAAUAUAUAUAUGUAUACAUCUCUAUGUUUGUAUUUAAUUAAAUCAAAUAACACGUAGGCAAUUGUUAAAGUAAACUAAUUAUACAAAGGCACGAGCGGUAAGAGUGGUAACAUAAUUUUCAAACAAAAUGUAAAGGUUUUUAUAAUCUUAACCAUCAUUAAUAAUUGUAAUCGUAAUCAUAGGUCUAAGCAUCCCACACACACAAACACAUGGUAGGUGUUUUUGAUUAGGCAUUUUUUUUUUCGUGCAGGUGAUUUAAACAGACAACAUUUAAUUUCAUUAAAAAAUAAUAUAUCGCAACAAUCGCAGAAUAAUAAACUAUAAAAUCAAUAACAAAAAAACAAUUUUAGGGCAAGAUUAGAUUAAUCUAAAAGCAUAAAUUAAAAAGAAAAUCAAGAAAAUAUCAACUGAAAAAAACACUAAUUUUAAUCGAAAGGUGAAAUAAUAAACUAAACGUAAAAACUAAAUGUAAAUUUUCAAUGUUGAAAAACGAGCUUUAAAAGAAUAAAUUUAAAAGAAUCGAAUCUUAACAGAAAUAACAAACCGAUUAAAAGAAA